CACUGAAAAGUGUACAAUUGACCAAUGCUGAGAAUUGCCAGGCCAUGUUCAGUGAUGCAGCUCGAGUAUUUGGGAGUCUGCUGAAAAGACACCGAAUCGUUCUGGCUCUUCUGUACCUGUUUGUGAAACUUCUGUUAUGUGUCAAUCUGAUAGCGCAGUUUAUUUUCCUAACAUUACACUUCAGACAACACCUGGCAAUCAGGGUUGGAUCCUAUGUUGGUUUUGAUAUGGACUCCAUCAUAAAUCCGUUGCUUGUAAAAGAUGGUCAUUGCGAUUUUGUUAUAAACCAAGUGCAGACUUCUCACAGGUAUAGAGUUCAGUGCACCUUGCCAAUCACCGAAAUCUAUGAGAAGAUGUUCACAUUCUUGUGGUACUGGAUCUUCCUCCUGGCUGUCAUCACCAUCCUUAACCUUGUCCUGUGGGCAGGAUUUCUCUUCCUUCCAUUCCUAAGAGAUGGCAGGAUAGCUGCCCAUGUCAACGCUGCCAAAGGAUCUCUCCCUGAUGAACACUCUAUAACUCGAUUCAUCAGCAAUUUCCUGGGAAUUGAUGGAGUACUUGUCUUGUCCAUGAUCUCCUGGAAUUCCAGUGAGCUGGUUUCAGCGAAGCUCACCCAGCAUAUGUACCAAGUGUUUCGGGAAAAGGAAGAAGAAUUUCAAAAUGCACGAGAAAUCUACGCAGGAGAGCCUGGAGGUGGAGCUGGAGCCACGGGAACAGAAGCGGCGUUACCAAUGACUGAUCUCGCCUCUGGUACCCCAAAUAUGGAGAAGUUAUCAUCUUGAAUGAUGAAACUUUUCCCAACGUCAGGUGAAGAUGGCAAGCAGUGAUGCAGUGAUUAAUAAUAACAAUAAUAGAGCACAGCCCUUCUGACACUCUGGGUAAUGCGGAAGGCUGCAGUGUUGGGGAGUCUACAU